AGCAUUCCUCCUCCCUCAGCUUCAUCGUGAUCGAUUCAUUCUACCCUUCACUGUCUCGUCGCUACCAACCAUGACGGCCGCAGCAGCAGCAGCAGCAUCUUCAUCCUCACCGUCAUCCUCGUUGACAAAGACAGAUGCACCACCAUCUUACCUCCUCCCUUAUGCCACACUCCAGCCCACAUACCACCAGGUCUAUGCUGACAUCCUCGAGAGCAAAGUAGCAGCAGAGAAUGUAUGGCUGUCCGUGUAUGCAGACAAUGCUCCACAGAAGAGCAUACAUGCUACUCUCACACUUGCAGCAAAGGAGAAGAACGAUCCCAGCGCGCAAGAUGAGGUGCAAUUAGAGAAUAUCAGGGGGCAGCGUAACCUCUUGAUCAAGGAAGAAAAGGCAAGGGCGCUGAGCGGAAGAGAAGGCCACGCUGUGCCAGACUUGUCCAUCUCGACAUCCUCGUCCUCCAUGGUCGCCACCUCACCCACAGUGGCGCAGAACUCGCCCUCGCUGCCUACAUCCGUACGCCUACGCCUGCCCGUUCAUACCCCGGCGACCUUGCUCAAGGGUCGCCGAUCCCAGAGAGCCAUCGAAUCGGGCGGCGGUGGCCAGAUCUCGGCCUUUGAUGUUAGUCCCGAUGGCACCAAGCUCGUAGCAGGCGGAGAGGACGGGGAGUGCGUGGUGGCUGGCCUUCCCGGAUGGAUCAGGGGCGAAGCAGGCGAAGAUGGCGAGAACACUCAUUCGGUGGGCAUUGAACUCGCCGUCGAAGAGAAGGCGCAACGGAGGAUAAGAGCGCUGGAGAAGAAGCGGCUCGCCUCCUUGCGGCUCCCCCUCACAGGGCACGUAGGCGACGUGCAAGCGGCAUCCUUUCUCCCAUCCUCCCUGGUCCUUCUCACCGCCUCCUCCGACCUCACCCUGCGGCUCUACUCAGCGCAAGACGGCAUCUGCCCACGGGUAUUCAAGGGCCACAAGCGUGCUGUGACAUCCACCGCCAUCCUCGGACGGGGCAAGCGAAUUGUCAGUGCCAGUCUGGACGGUACGAUCCGAGUCUGGGACGUCAGGGCAGGCAAAAGUGUCCGUAUGAUCGGAUGUCGUGGCUGGAGUGGAGUAGAAUGUCUCAGGGUACUCAAGCUGAAUGGCGCAGCGACAUCGUCCGAAGCUCAAGAAGAAGAAGGGCUCGGAGACUACCUUGCCAUCGCCGGCCUUUCGUCGGGCUAUGUGCAGGUAUUUUUGCUCAGGAUCACACAAGAUACAACAACACAAACGCCUGCUCAGAACAGUCAGGAAGAGGACGACGAAGCUUCGGUCAAGCCAGUCACGGUGACAGACUGGCCUCUGCUGGAAAUUGCGCCCAGGAGCUGGCCGACCCUGCCGGAAGGUCAAUCUCAGCCAGGGGCGAGCGAUUUCUGGAAAGUGGAGCCCAGUACCGGCGCCGUAUGGAGUCUGGACAUCGUCGAACGGUCGUCGCCGCCGUCCUCUUCCUCCGCCGUCGCCGCUCCAGAAAGUGGUGAUGCAGCACACAGCGCGAGGAGCAGUCUUGACCUUGUGACAGGGAGCAAGACUGGUAUUGUGCGACUCUUCCGACUUGAGCUCGGAUCAAGAGCCACAGCAAGUGACAUUUCGAACGGCGAUGCGCAAGAAGGAGAAGAAGACUCUGGAGCUCCUCUCUCACUUGCAUCGCGCGAAGUGCUCAACUUCAGGCGGAACACAGCCAGUAUCCACGCUCUGCGCUUCCUGACUUCCGAGGGCCGUGCCUCCAGUCCACCAGACGCGGUAGUAGCGACAGGGGACGGCACGCCCUUCCGUCUAACCUUUAAGUCCACCUCGUCUGGCACUGUAUCACAUGGGGAGCAGGAGGAGCGCCUCGAGCCCAGUGUAAAGGAGGAAUACACGGGCUGGGAGGCGGGCGAGCCAGUUCAUGGGAUUGGCGUGAUCAAUGCUGGGAUGGAGGGGGAGAGGAUCUUGCUUGCGGGAGCAGAAGGGAUGGUCAGGGUGUAUUGAGCGGGGGCGCUACCAACCGACAGGAGCUCAGGAUUAGCAGCGUUGUGUGAGCUGGUGGCAAUGCAAUGCAGAGCGAUGCAAUGCGAUACAGAAGUGAGUAUCGCCACUCUUCAGACCUGCUCUAUACUCGCUGCGAGUGCAAUGUCUAUCUGUCUGUCAUCACUUUGUAAUAUUACAAGAGAGCCAUCCACCCUCUCAUCCCCUUUGUCCCACUCUCCUCUCUCUCAAGCCCUCGGCGGCAACCUUCCAAACGUCAAGUAGCUCGUAUGACCUCUCAUGCUCGCAUGCAAGCGCGAAUAGGUGUUGCUCCGCACAACUUGUUGCUUGUACUCUUUACCU